AUGGCAGCAAACUCAGUCAAGAUUGAAGGUCUUUUAGGAAUGAUAACUGUGAAGCUUCAAGAUGCCAAUUUUACAAAGUGGAGCUAUCAGUUUCAAUUUGUGUUACGAGGUUAUGAUCUUUUUGAGUUCUUUACUGGUGAGUCUCAAUGUCCACCAGAGUAUUCUAUGAGCACAGAAACUGGGGUUACAAAGGAAAUAACAGUUGAAUACAAAGAAUGGGAGAAGAAAGAUUUGGCAUUGUUGAGCUUGCUAAUUGCUACACUCUCUGAUGAGGCGAUGGAUCACAUUGUUGGUUGUAAAACAUCUCAGGAGGCUUGGGUUUGUCUUCAAGAAAGAUUUGCAUCGGUCUUUGUUGUUCAAGUGAAUCAAUUGAAGUCUGAGUUUCACACUAUACAAAAAGGCACAGAUUCGGUGGAUAAGUACUUGUUGAAGGUGAAAGGAAUUAGAGAUCAACUUGUUUCUGCUGGAGAAAAGAUCACUGUUAAUGAUUUCAUAAUUGAUGCAAUAUCUAGGUUGCCACCAGAGUUUGAACUCAUUAAAACAGUAAUCUUGGCAAGGGAUUCUAGUAUUUCAUUAAAAGAUUUUCGAGCACAACUUAUUGGUGCAGAAAGAUAUAUUUAA